UUCACGUUUCAGCAUGCAUAAUGCCCGCAGGCUCGCUUGUACAGAAGGUGUGCAGCCCCUGUCAGUCCCUGGUUCCUGGUAGAUAUGCAGGCCAUGGCGAGCUCCGACCUUACCAACAAGUCCCAAAAGUGAAGCCCGCCUUUUCUAAUUAAUUGCUCGAACAAGACUCAUUGCUUCGAGCACUUCACCCGCCAUGUCGACGCCCGGCGCUCGCGCAGGCCUCGAGACCUUCGACGGCCUCAACAUCGAAUACGAGCAUGCCUACCGCGACAACCCUUUCAAGACAGCCUGCAUCAAAACGGCCAUCUCUUUGAUCCCUCAAGGCUCGCGCGUUCUCGAUGUCGGCUGCGGCACUGGGAUCCCCGUCUCGCAGAUGCUUUCCGAAGCCGGCCUCGACGUCGUCGGCUUCGACAUCUCGCCCAAGAUGGUCGAGUACGCCAGCACGCGGGUCAAGGGCUCCUUCACCGUGUCGGACAUGCUCGAAUACAAACCAGAACCCCCCAACGGCGCCUUCGCCGCGGUCUUCAUCAUCUUCGCGCACCUGCAGCUGUCGUACUCGGAUUUCCAUGCCGCGGCGUACAAAUUCGCGCAGACGUUACGGCCCGGCGGGAUCAUUGCCAUUGGCCAGAUGCCAGGGGACAAGUAUGUGAAAGACACGUCCGAUUGGGACGAGACGCGCACGUACGUGGAAAACUAUGAUGCGCCCUUCAUGGGCGAACCUCUACCAACUUUCAUGAUGAGUGCAAGGGGCCAACGGGAUUUCUUGACCUCGAUGGGUCUGGAAAUUGUCUGUGAGACAAUCGAUCUGUUCCAACCGAACAAUGACAAGUGUGAGCCCGAGGAGCAGCAAUAUAUCAUCGCGAGAAGGACGAGCGAGAAACGUCUGGACCUUCCAAAGCCACUGCCGACCCAAGGUCGUUGAUGCAACCGACCAUUCCACAGGGGAUUGACUGAUGACGCUUUGCGUAUCUGACCCUUCGAAAUGCGUGCAGCUGAUGGGGAACAAAUGUAACCUUCGAGGUCAAUCAGGGGCCAUACCGGUACACCAGGUGGUAAAUGAUGUUCUAGUCAAUAGUAAUGGAAGGCGAAGAUCGUGGCUGUACAGUCGGUGGUCUCAAAAUUUAAAGUGGCAUAUCGCCUCGAACAAGGAUUCCAGAAUGUUUUGGUUGAUUCAUCUCAUCUUCUUU